CGGGGACCUGGGAUCAGCACCUCAGCAGUACCUCCUGCUGCCCCCUGCUCCGAGGGACAGUGACAGUGUGCACACAUUUUGCAGCAGGGUCUCUCUGCCUCUGUUUUUACAGACUGGAUGUCGUUUGAGAGGGAUCAUUAGCUGCGAGCAGCCCGGCUGGGUCAGGCUGGGAGGCGGAGACGCAGCUGCAAGCAGCGGAGCAAGGUGGAGGCACGAAGACAGAAGACCAGGUUAAUGAAAGCAUGAGGUGGCUCUUGAGCAGCAGCUUGAAAAAUUUUGGACAUGCUGACAGGGGAAACUAUGACUGGCUAAACAGUGAACCGGGUGGGCCACUUCUGGAAACAGAGCUUCAGAGCAGACAACAGUCAAGUUCAACCAAAGACGACAUAGAACCUUUCCUGUGUAUCAUAUUGCCUGCCACCAUGAUGCUCUUCCUGGCAUUCCUGCUGCUCUUCCUGUACCGCCGUUGCCAGCGCCCCACUCAGCAGGGGCAGAUCUUCAGCAUCGACCUUCCCGAGGCCCUGCCUGAGCACGACGUGUCCAAUUUCCUUUCUGCGCUGCCCUGGAGCAGCGAACAGAGCUUCCACUACUCGACGCUGCUCCCCGAUGCCACGUUCCUCUCCGUGUGUUUGCCUCCGUCCUACGAGGAGGCCACCAUGAAGAAUUCCAUGGAAGAGGCUCACAUUGAGCUCUCUCCAGACCCAGUGCCUCCUUACGAAGAGAGCGCGCUGCAGACCAGCAGCACCAAAUAA